AUGGCUGACCAUGCAUCAACGCAGCUUCCCAGCAUGGUUCGAAAGCCCAAGGCUGUAUGGCCGGGUCUGGUCAAGAUGGGUAUGUACCAGAAGCAGAUAGCAGGCGACGGCAAUUGUCUGUUUGCAUCUCUUUCGGACCAACUCUACGGCACGCCGGCAAAACACCCCGAAAUACGUGCAAGCAUCAUCGACCACAUGCGGACCUAUCGACCGCUGUUCGAACAGUAUGUUCACAAAGAUGACGUGCAACAACGACGCACUCUCCGCUCAGCCACAGUCGCUUCCCGUCAAGAGCCGGAGGACGCGUUCGAGGAAUAUUUGUCUCUCAUGUCACGCAGUGGGACCUACGGCGGAGAGCCUGAACUGGUAGCAUUUUGCCAGGUCUUCGACCAGGAUGUCACAGUGCACCUACCACGCAUCAAGAACUUUGACAGAGACUCAAUCCUCUACAAAAACGAGCACCGAGGGGACCCGGCCACUGUGCCACCACUUCACAUUUGUUACGGCGGAGAUGAGGUCACGCGAGCACACUACGACUCAGCCCGAAGCAGAGACGGUUCCACUCCAAGGCACAAGAACAGCCCUCUCCUCAAACCUCAAGACACCACUCGAAACGCCCUGGUCGGUUCUCUUUCCUCGCCACAUCUCCUCAGUACCAGAGCGAUCCGGGGCAGCAGGUCGGAGUUCUCGUCCGAGUUCUUCCAGGACUUCCUCCAAAAGAGCAAGAGAGAUGUCGAGAACAAUCUGGACCAGCUCAGUGACAAAUAUCGCGCGCGAAGUCCUUCUGUGACCUCUUCUCAACGCAGCUCGAGCUCAAAGAGAUCGUUGGACGAGGAUGGAGAGCCUGUUCGUGCAAGCAAACGGGCAGAUCGACGGAAAAGCACCAGACGACGUGCAGACAUGACUCUUGCAAUCUCCGAACCGGACAAUGAACUCUCUCCGCCGAUGGCAAAUGACUCGCCUAGUGCAGAUACGCCUCCAAGCACACAAGAAACGGAACUAUCAUCAGAUAGCCCGGCUCAAGAGAACAAACUUACACCGGAAGAGGAGAGCACUGAUCUUGAGACUGUUGCUGAUCCUGCGAAGCCACCGACUAAAAGCCAGCCUCGCAUCUCACUUAAUCUCGUCACCAACAAGGCAGCUACUGUCUCAGAGGCGUCCAGCUCACGAUUGAUGUCGGUUGCCGAGAGGCCUAAACCUACAUUGCGAGCAUAG